CACCAGCAGGUCAAAGUUUUCACUUACAGUAUGCAGUGAAAUACCUUCAAAUCUACUAGAUGGAUAGCCACAAAACUUGCAGGUAACUGUAGGUAUUCAUGGUUUCUAGACAAUGAAUUUGACAACAGUGAUCCCUGGACUUUUACUCUAGCACAGGGGUGUCCAAACUACGGCCCGCGGGUCAGUUUUUAUUGGCCCGCAGCAAAUUCUGAAAAUAUAAUUGAAUAUGGCCCGCACAUGGCGCUUGAGCUCAACUCUGUUGCACUUCUCAGUUUCAACACUAGAUGGAGCCAGUCACAGAAAAGGUGCUUCUCCACUAAACAAAAUUAAGCAAAGAAAAAUAUUUACCACGAGUCACCAGAAAUGGCAGCACCGAAGAAACGCAAGAUAGCAAGUGAGUGUAGAAGAUUUCAAACACGGUGGGAAAAUGAAUAUUUCUUUAAAGAAAUCAACGGAAAGUGUGUCUGUUUGAUUUGCAAUGAAGAUGUUGCCGUGAGUAUAAUGUCCGUCGGCACUAUGAGACCAAGCAUCAGAGCUACGCAUCGUACACAGGUGCGAUGUGAUGAACACUGUUGUAAAAACUGUCAACAUAAUUCGAGCUAGAGGACUGUACCACAGGGAAUUUCAAGCUUUCUUAUCUGACGUGGAUGCUGAAUACGGGGAUGUGCUCUACCACUCUGAUGUGCGCUGGCUCAGCCGCGGCUCUUUGCUGCAGCGGUUUUAUUCGCUGAGAUCAGAAAUCGACAAGUUUUUGAAAGAGAAGGGCCGACCUCUUCAUAAACUGAGUGACCCUCUGUGGCUGGCAGACCUGGCAUUUUUAGUUGAUCUCACUCAUCAUCUGAAUACACUGAACAAGAACCUACAAGGCAAAGAACAGCUGGUGUCACACCUGUAUGCGCACAUGAAAGCCUUCUGUGUAAAGCUCCGCCUGUUUGAGACACAACUACGAAGCUUUAAUGCUGCACACUUCCCUGCGCUGUCUGAAAUCAAGUCUGCUUUUCCAAAGGCAGACCUUUCUGCUAAAAAGGAGAAAUAUGCUUCUGUAAUUACAUCUCUCGUGACAGAAUUCAACCAGCGUUUUUCUGUCAUUGAAAAACAAAUCAAGCUGUUCUCGACCCCCUUCCUGGUGGAUGCAGAAGAAGUGGAGGAGAGUCUGCAGUUAGAACUGAUUGAAAUGCAAUGUGAUGAUUCUCUGAAGAGUCAACAUCAGCUUCUCUCCCUCCCUGACUUCUAUCAGAGUUUGGAUCAUGCCAAGUUUCCUCUGAUGAGACGCCACGCAAAAAGAAUGAUGAGCCUGUUCGGCUCAACAUACAUAUGUGAACAAACAUUUUCUCUGUUAAAUCAGAACAAAAGCAGACUGAGAUCCAGAAUGACCAUAGCCAUCUCUGUGAAGUCCUUCAUGUCUCAACCACCAAACUUUCUCCUGACAUCCCAGCCAUCCUUCAAUCCAAAGGACAGCAUCACUGCUCCCACUGAGAGCAAUGUUCUUCACAUUAUAGGUGAUUUAGAAAUACACACAGUAAUCAUGUGUCAAUAUGUCACCUCUUGUGUGUGGCCCGGGCCUUUGCUUAUUUUUCUGUAUUUGGCCCUCACCAAAAAAACUUUGGACACCCCUGCUCUAGCACCACAUUGAGAUCAACAUUUGUAGUUUUAAGUGAAAUGUUUCAACAACUAUUGGAUGAAUUUUCAUGACAUUUGGUACAGACAUUCAUGUUCCCCUAGGAAUGAAUUGUUCAACGUGUCCU